AUGCACCCCGCUUCCCUCAACACCAUCCUCCUCUCCACCGUGAUGGGCUUUUACCGCAUGGAGAUCGAGGUCCGGUGGCUGAAAAAUGGGCAGCUGGAGAAGGAGGGCGUGGCCUUUGGGGGGCUGCUCCAGAACGGAGACUGGACUUACCAGCUCCAGGUGAUGCUGGAGACCCAACCCCAGCGGGGGGGGGACGACUACACUUGCAAAGUGGAGCACACCACCCUAGAGGCCCCCAUCACUGUCCAGUGGGAACUCCGUUCCUCCAGCUCUGCCAGGAGCAAACUCUGGACGGGGAUAAUGGGGGUCGUGAUAGGAGUGGCCUUCCUGGCUGUGGGACUCUUCUCCUACCUGAAGAGCAAGAAAGCAACUCCCACCCAACCACCUGCAGCACUCAUGAAUUAA